CAGAAGCCGAGGCUUGGUCAGGAUACAGGACCCCACGCUCCGGCAGCCACCUCCUUUCUGCAGAAGCCAGGCACAGCCGGCCAGCCCGAUGCGUGUGGUGGUGAUUGGCGCGGGCGUCAUUGGCUUGUCCACCGCCCUCUGCAUCCAUGAGCUCUACCACUCGGCCCUGCAGCCUCUGGACAUGACGGUCUACGCGGACCGCUUUACCCCGCUCACCAACACCGACGUGGCUGCUGGCCUCUGGCAGCCCUACCUCUCUGACCCCAGCAACCCACAGGAGGCGGACUGGAGCCGGCAGACUUUUAACCACCUCCUGAGCCACAUCCAUUCUCCCAGCGCUGAAAAGAUGGGCCUGGCCCUCAUCUCGGGCUACAACCUCUUCCGCAAAGCUGUUCCGGACCCUUCCUGGAAGGACACAGUUCUGGGGUUUCGGAAGCUGACACCCAGAGAGCUGGACAUGUUCCCCGGUUAUAGCUAUGGCUGGUUCAAUACAAGCCUGAUUCUGGAGGGGAGGAGCUACCUGCAGUGGCUGACUAAAAGGUUAACCGAGAGGGGAGUGAAACUCUUCCAGCGCAAGGUGGAAUCCUUUGAGGAGGUGGCAGGAGGAGGCGCCGAUGUGAUUGUCAACUGCACCGGGGUAUGGGCCUCAGCGCUGCAACCAGACCCCUUGCUGCAGCCGGGCCGGGGGCAGAUCAUUAAGGUGGAUGCCCCCUGGGUGAAGCACUUCAUUAUCACCCACGACCCAGAGAGCGGCAUCUACAAGUCCCCGUACAUCAUCCCGGGGGUCCAUACGGUUACUCUUGGAGGCAUCUUCCAGAUGGGGAAUUGGAGUGAGGGAAACAGCACUGAUGACCACAACACCAUUUGGAAAGGCUGCUGCAGCCUGGAGCCCACGUUGAAGGAUGCAAGAAUUGUGGGAGAAUGGACUGGCUUCCGGCCAGUCCGGCCACAGAUCCGGCUCGGAAGAGAACAGCUCAGUGCUGGGCCUUCUAAGACAGAGGUCAUCCACAACUAUGGCCAUGGUGGCUAUGGGCUCACCAUCCACUGGGGCUGUGCCCUGGAGGCAGCCAAGCUCUUUGGGAAAAUCCUGGAGGAAAAGAAGUCGUCCAGGAUGCUACCAUCCCACCUGUGAAGACUCCAGUGAGCCCCACCUUCCCCACCAGGAUUCCCCACUCUCCCUGGCCAAGCAAUCAACAUGCUUCUCUGUAAGAUGGCCCUGACCUCCCACCUGCCCACAAGGCCAAGGCCUGGACAAGAGUUCGGGCCAGCCUGGCACCCUCUCUAACCGCUGAGUCUCCCCACCAUCUCCGUGUCUGACACUGUGAAUGGCUGGGGGCUCUUACUCCGAGAGCCACCAGAAGAAAGGAAAGCUCAGAACAUCAAAGAGGCCAGCUGCCCAGCACCAGAGAAAACCAAGACCAGUGGAGCAAAAGUAUCUGGAUUGCAACACGAAUGGCGAUGAAAAGCCCAGUGGUGGACGGCUGUUACCCCAGCGCCUCCUACACCUGUCUGUGGAACCCCGUUGUCCUGGGCACACUCUUGAGGGACACUGUAGUGGAUUCUGUUGUAGGAAGUUACCGGGAAAGCCGGGGUGUGGAGGAGGCUAGUGAUAUCCUGCUUCACACCCAGAAUGCCCCAUGGUGUCAGCUGCCAAUGACUGGCCCCAUGGGCACCCCGUGACCCUUGAGGAGGAGCUGUGGCAGGGGUCGUCCCAUGAGGGCCCCCCUUAUGGAGAGCCAGGCUUGCCAAGCCUCCUUCCUUAUGGGUCACAUUCCCGUCUCUUGUCUUCCAGUGGCACACUCUGAUCUGACAAUGUUUGUGAAAGUCUUCAUAGAGACUAUAAAUCUGUGUUAGGGUUCAGAAUUAGAGGCACAGAGCCAAUAGGAUAGAGAGAUAGAUAGAUAGAUGAUAACAGUCCGAGGUGGAUGU